UGACGGCCGAAAAUUACAAGAAGGCCACUACCCCAUUAUUCCCUGCUGCUGGCGAAAGCUCCCACGCAACACACGCCGCAGAGGCAACACCACGGAGUAUAGCAAACCCCCCCAUUCCUCUGCCCCAAUUCCCAAAUUCCAAUUCCAAGGCUUUCAUUAAAAGAAGAAACUUUAUUGAAAUUUUAGUCAAACAAACCUCAAUACCCCCCCAAAAUCACUAUUCCAAUCAUCUUCAUCUUCAUCAUCAAACACAUCUUCAAUGAGUGGUGGCCAAACUCUUCCGCCUCCAGAACAUGCCUGGCUUCACACUUACCACAAAUUUCUUCCUCACUUCCAAUCCUCCCACCAGGAUUCAUCUUUGCAGUCUAUUAUCCCGAUUACAAUAUCAAGAGUAAAUCAAGUUGAUGCAGCAAGACUAGAUAUCGAAAUGUCGGCUAUGUUAAAAGAGCAACUGGUUAAGGUCUUCUCUUUAAUGAAGCCAGGACUGCUAUUUCAAUACGAGGCGGAGCUUGAUGCUUUCCUUGAGUUUCUCAUUUGGAGGUUCUCAAUUUGGGUGGAUAAGCCUACUCCGGGGAUCGCUCUUAUGAAUUUGAGGUAUAGAGAUGAACGUGCAUCGGAAGCCAGAGGAAAAGUUAGAACUGGCCUGGAAGGACCUGGUCUUACGGUUGCACAAAAGAUUUGGUAUUGUGUUGCGACCGUUGGUGGUCAAUACAUCUGGGCUCGUUUGCAAUCUUUCUCUGCUUUUCGUCGAUGGGGUGAUUCCGAGCAGAGGCCAUUGGCACGGCGAGCAUGGAUUUUGAUACAACGGAUAGAAGGAUUUUAUAAAGCUGCUUCUUUUGGCAACUUGCUUAUAUUUCUUUACACGGGAAAGUAUAGAAAUCUUAUUGAAAGAGCAUUAAGAGCUAGGCUUGUCUAUGGAAGCCCUAACAUGAACCGGGCUGUUAGCUUUGAGUAUAUGAACCGCCAGCUAGUGUGGAACGAAUUCUCGGAAAUGUUGUUGUUGCUCCUUCCUCUUCUGAACUCAGCAUCUGUCAAAAACUUUCUUCGCCCAUUCUCCAAGGACAAAUCUUCGGGCUCCGCAGAAGAUGACUCUGCUUGCCCUAUUUGCCAAGCUAAUCCAACCACUCCAUUUCUUGCCCUCCCCUGUGAACACAGAUACUGUUACUACUGCCUUAGAACACGCUGUGCUGCAGUUCCAUCAUUCAGAUGCUCGAGAUGCAACGAGCCAGUAGUCGCCAUGCAACGGCAUGGCGGGGUCGUCAAUCCUGCUCGAAAGUAGUGGCUAAUUACCGGAUGCAAAAAGGGGAUUUGUUGAGAAGCAUUUACACAAAGUAGGCAUAGCAAAGUAGAAAUAAUGUUUGAAAAAUAUCAUUAUUAUUUUUUCUCUUUCCAUCAAGCAUUACAAGCUUUACCUACAGAAAUAAUGUUCGAGUUGGUCAAUCAGAUACCUUGUAAAAUCAUUCGUUGAUGAUCUAUUGAGCGGAGAGGUUCAUUCUUUGUCAUCUUCUGAGUAAUUUCUAUAUCCGACUUUUUAUCAUGUUUUUCUCCUAGGCAUAUUCUUGUCUGUAGGUAGCCGAGGAAAG